UGUAUGUGUUAUAUAAUGACAUAUAAUGGUUUUCAAAAACAACAAUAUCACAAGUCAAAGUCUUGCAUUCAAAAUGACUAAAGUACAAAAUUAUUUUUUGUGCAGGAAGAAUGUGUCAUACUUUAUAAUGCAUUAUUGGAUUAUUUAUGUGUAAACAGAUUUUUUAAAUCUGUAAAUUGCCUACUAACUGUAACUGUCAGCUUUAUGUAAUGAAGUAAACAGUACUGCUGAAAUGUUGAGUAGAAAUAUAGAUUAGCAUAAACUGGAAAUGGAGUAAGCAGUAGUAAGCAAUAGUAGCAAAUGCAGUAGUGGUAGUGUGUGUGUGUGUGUGUGUGUGUGUGUGUGUGUGUGUGUGUGUGUGUGUGGCUGUGUGGCUGUGUGUAUAUGUGUGUGUGUGCGUUUGUGCUUUAACAAUCAAAGCCGACAGGCUACAACUGGAAUGACAGUGAGUCAAGUGGGUGUGCCCAUGCAGGCAGGUAAGCCGUGUUCAAACCUGCUCACCUUGUCUGAUGUCUCAGCAAACCAGCACCACAUACCUGCAUUUUGGAUACUGGAGCAUUCUCUGUUUUGCCACUUCGCUCUACACUUCUCUCAAAAAGCCUGUAUAUGUGUAUCUAGAUUAGAUUGUUAUUGUUAAAAUAGCAGAUAUGACAGUCAAAGUGUUUUUCAGCAGUGUGAGUGGUUCUCUAGAGGUACAGUAUGCUGUCUUUAUUAUUUUACCUAUACGCAUAUUGAUACUUUAACAUAUUGGUAAGACUGAACAACAUGUUAUGUGGGAUGUUGAAUUAAGUACGUCAUACUCAGUGAGUAACAGUGGGUAGAUAUUUUCUAUUUUAUUUAUGUAACAAACAAAUUGUAGCUGCUCAGUACAGACAGUGAAAUGAACGUUACUUGCAACUGCAUAAGUCGAACGGCUGGACUUUCACAUUUUUGCAAACUAUCAACUGGUGAAAAUCUCUCCUCCAGAUGAAGAAAAAUCAGGAACGAAUCUUUUCGAUCCUGACUUCCAAGAAGAUCCCCUUCGAGGCUGUGGAUAUUUCUCAGAAUUCUGAAGACAAGGAUUUAAUGAGGAAGAGGGCAGGGAACCCGACUGCACUGCCACCUCAAAUAUGCAAUGGGGACGUAUACUGUGGGGACUUUGCUGCGUUUGAAAAUGCAAUUGAGAUGGAACAAUUGGAGGAUUUUCUCAAAAUCUGAAAGGUCCAGCCAGCUACGGACUGCUGACUGAAACCCAUCGCCAUGUUCACUGCAUCAUCUGCAUAUCAAUUCUAAAUCUAUAAAAUACUUA